AGCCAAUUACUGUUAGAAAGAAUUCAUUUAGUGGAGCUGAAGACGCACGUAUGCCUUCAACAUGCAUUCGACGUGGAUUUUGUUCGGAUUUUUGUUGAUGUCGUUGAUUCUGUCGAUUAAAGGGUACCCUAUUACUUGUGGAUAUUGCAGAUUUAAGACACGCUCAGCCGGUUACCAGCCUUGCAGGGUCAUCAACUAUGGACAAGGAUGCCAGAACCCGAGUGCCCUGCCGAGGGCUUCCGAGUGGCCUGGAGCACCACGUGAUCUUGCCGUCACAUUCCACAAACAUCGACAAAGGUUUCUAAUGCGAAUUUCGUUCAAACCACCGGACGCAAGUAUCUCUGCGUUGAAAGGUGUCAUGGUUGCGAUCAUAGCCACCAGUGGGCGCGACCUUGGCCAACUCGUCACCUGCCUCGUUUAUAACCUUUCCAGAGUUGAUUGGAAUUAAGUAGGACGACAGACUGACAUAGAGCUGUACCUGACGCCAAGAAACUCGAACGGAUGUCACAAUCUCCCUUUUGUCUGGUUCAAACCAGGGGAGUCCUUCUACAUAAACGUCGAGUCCCUGCCCGCCAGGGCCGCCUACCACCCUAACCAAGGCAGCAACUCCGUGGAGAAGUACUUUCGAAUCCCUCCCAAGGCGAAUAUGACUGACCUUGCCUUUUUGUAAACCCCCCCCCCCCCCCGUUAUGGCCGCCUCUAGAAAUAUCCGAGGCAGCAGUGUGACUCUAGCACCCCUUGUUGCCCUCCCCUUUCAACCACAAUGAUACUUCUACAAUGCAUAACUUGGCAGGGAAGAUGAGACAAUGGCCGAGUUGAAAGUAGGCCGCGUUGCGGGAUAUCCCUGCCAGCGCUCGCUUCAGAAAAAACUGUAGGAAGAUUCAGCCAGCCGGAAUUCGCCGCCACUUUCCGACUGACAACAAUAUCGUGUAAUUGAAUGGCGAAUCAUAUUGCAAGAGGAUAUAUACACAGCAUGCUGUGUAUGCAACAGACAGUAGUUUUAAGUUCACAGCGUUUUAUAUUACUAUUCAUUAGGCUCGUUAUAAAGCUAGCAACAUUUUCUCUUGAAUACACAACAUGUGGUGUAUACAAUGUACAGGCACGCGCAUUGUCUAGAGUACACAGCAGACUUCGCUGGCUAGAGAAAACUGUUUUUGGGAAUAUGGCACACAUGCCAUCCAAAAACCGGGGCUCCAUACGCCUUAGAUUUACUUGGGGGCAGGGAAUGGAUGAGAAUUUGCCCCAACUUGAAGGGAAGCGAGGAGUUCUUCCACCGACACCGCCACCGCCAUUUUUUCUCCCGCUGACGUCAUUGAUGACGUGGUUUAUUAAUUCGCCUAUGCUGUGCAUGCAACCAACUUGUUCCUGCGUACACAGCGUCUGCUGUGAACAUAGCCACUUCGAAUCUUAUCAGUGAUCGUGUACUGACAAAAAAACAUAAAUGCUUGAAAAAAAAUACUUACAACGUCUUAGCUUUUCACCGCUGUGACGUUUUUGAACUUAACAAAUAAUUUGUUAGUUAAUUUGAAUUUAACAAAUAAUUUGUUUUCGACGCGAUCCCUUGUCAAAAAAGAUAAGGUGGCUCAAUGAAUUUAUACCGAACUGGGGGUAUUGGCUGUCUCGCUAAACACGGCGAGGAAUGGAGCUAAAAUGAAGGCCAAUACCGAGGCGGCUGCCAAGGUUUUAGGAGAAAUAACAGCUCCACUCAGCGGCGUUAGGUGAGAUUCCACCAGGUUUGGUAUCAAUUUCUAAUGUAAGACACCUCGAAAUUGAUCUAUUUUAAAGUGGUACGCCGUUGGUUAUACUCGUGGUCCAGGAAAUAGUAAUGCAGUUGUUAACCUUGCCGUAGUACAGUUAUCAUGCACACGAACUUGCUGAAACUUGAUAUUUGUAGUGUUCGUAUAUCUGUCUACACAACGGAAGUGCUGAAAUUUAUACUCGGUACGUAAUGGGAAAUUAUCCAAUUCAAUUACAAAUUUCAUGUCUUUAACGUACGGCGUAGGCCUUUAAGCAUUAUCGAUCGGGGAUCUGCUGUGGAUACAUUCUACACCGACCUUAAGAUGUUAUGGUUGUCUAUGUGGGCAAGUUGGGUUAAUACAUGAUCUAUCAUAAAAAUAAGAGGUAAAAAUUGUAACUAAGUGUUUUAGAAUCCUCAACAAUUUAGCUAUUGGAAACCGACAACAAUGCUGAAAACUAAGUAUAUGUCGUAAUCACGGAUUAAUACUUGGUUUCUGAUCCGAUAAAAGCUAGAUUAGGAAAAAUUGGAAAAACUUGGAUCAAAACAUAAUGGCAUUACUGAUGUUUUAAUUAAUAGUAAAUCCCUCUGUAUUUAUCUCCAUUGUUAGUGAGGUUGCCAGACUCCGGCGAAGUGAUAGUACUACAUUGUAUUAGUAGCGUGGUCUUAAUAUACUUGAAUAUUAUGUCUGCUUUGGAGAAUAUAAGGUUUCCUGGUAUUUCGAAACGAAAAUAUGUUUAUGUAUACAUUACAGACUAGUAUUCUAAUCCCAUGGAUGUAAGACCGUUUCAUUAAUUCAGAACAUGGCCAACCCCUGGGCAAGGACAUGGCGCCAUAAAUUUGGGAUAACCUGGUGUCGCUCAGCGACCAAACGAAAACAACGUUAUUCAGAAUGACAUCGAACGACCAUGUGCAUUUAUAUCAAAUAGAGUUUGGCUUGAAUAUUUAGAAACUGUCUUAUAUCAAUGAAAGUCGAGCAUUCACAGAAAUAUAUGAUGCAUCAGGGUUACAUUAAUACAAAUCUAAACUGAAUUCUGUGAAUGCAUGGAUAUAAUGCUGCACAAAAAUUAUCAUAGCGACUUUUACCCGUUUUUAUAUUGACGAUGCAAAAAUAGCGA